CGGAGGAGGGGGAAGAAGGAGGGGAAGCCGCCGCUCGGGCGCGGUGGGGGGAAGGCAGUGCUCGGCUGCGUCUGUCUCUUGCCGCUGCCCCCUGAGCCCGUCGGGGGGAGUAUGAAGCACCAUGGUGUGGUGCGACCGUGGGGUCCAGUUGCUGCUGACCACGGUGGGUGCCUUCGCCGCCUUCAGCCUCAUGACCAUCGCCAUCGGCACCGACUACUGGCUGUACUCGAGCGCCAACAUCUGCAACGGGACCAACAUCACCACGGACGAGACGUCGCCAACCCAACCCAAGAAACUCAAGGGGGACCUCACCCACUCCGGGCUCUGGAGGAUCUGCUGUAUUGAAGGGAUAUAUAAAGGACACUGUUUUCGAAUUAACCACUUCCCUGAAGACAAUGAUUAUGAUCAUGACAGCUCUGAAUACCUUCUCCGUAUUGUCCGGGCCUCUAGCGUGUUUCCGAUUCUAAGCACAGUAUUACUGUUGCUGGGAGGGCUCUGCAUCGGAGCUGGGAGGAUUUAUAGCAGCAAGAACAACAUUAUCCUCAGCGCUGGGAUUCUUUUUGUUGCAGCAGGAUUAAGUAACAUAAUAGGAAUCAUUGUCUACAUAUCCAGCAAUGCAGGUGAUCCUAGUGACAAGCGGGAUGAGGACAAAAAGAACCAAUACAAUUACGGCUGGUCUUUUUAUUUCGGAGCCUUAUCUUUUAUUGUGGCAGAAACAGUUGGCGUCCUAGCUGUGAACAUCUAUAUUGAAAAGAACAAAGAGCUAAGGUUUAAGACCAAGAGGGAGUUCCUUAAGACCACUUCUUCUUCUUCCCCUUAUGCCAGGAUGCCAAGCUAUAGGUACAGGAGAAGGCGGUCCAGAUCUAGCUCUCGAUCUACAGAGCCUUCUCCAUCCAGGGAUGUUUCGCCCGUUGGCCUGAAAAUGGCAGGUUCCAUUCCCAUGAACGAAAUCUCCAUGUACACGCUCUCCAGGGAGCCCUUGAAGAUCACCACAGCCGCAAGCUACAACAUGGAGCAAGACGCGGGUUUUCUUCAAGUUCACAAUUUCCUUCAAAAGGAAUACAACGAAGGACUUCAUAUCAACAUGGUCAACAGGAGAACAACGCCUGUUUGAAGAGGGGACCGUCUGCUUUUCUUUAAAACUACAACGCGAAGCAAAAUCCAGAUCUUUUUAUACGUGAAAAGCGUGUAUUUUUUAAACAAAAGCUCUUGCAUACCUCAAGAGAAAAAUCAUACGGAGAGGUUGAAGAGAUUCUGAAAUGACCUGAAGAUACGGAACUAUACAUUUCUAGCUGAUUUUUAUAAUAAGCUCUUUCGAAAAAACAAAAUUUGUUUAAAGUUCUCAGUGUCACCAAAAGGGAAGGGGAAAAAAAUUAAAAUCAGCAGCUUCUUUCCCUGCACUUUUGUAGUAUGUGUAGUGUAACUUGUGAAACGGAAAACAUUUUAGCUAUUGUAAGGUUCUGAAUUUUUCAGUGUGGGCUCCCCCACCCCCAAUAAUGCUGUCUCUUAGUAUAAACCCAGAACAAUCACAAACGCUGCCUAGUGCUCUUGUUUCCUUUAAGCUGACAAAAGAGGGAGAGUUUUUUUUUCCCCUCUCUCUCCUAGGAAAAAAAAAGGCAGGGUACCUGAAACCAGCAUGAGCUGUGAAACUGUAGCAUAUCGUUUUUGCUCUGGACGGAUUCAAACAUUGCAGAACUCUUGACAGGGAACCAAAUACCACAAAAGUCAUUUUGAAUCACAGUUCUGCUAUUGAGCCGGGGGGGGUGGGAUAAGUCCAGGUUCUUAAUUAAGCUGUUUCUCUCCAUAUCAAAUCCCUGUGGAGAGUGAGUGGCUGAAGUAAGAUUUGCCUGAAAUUGGCCUGGUAAUGUGAACUUUAUUUCCCUUACUUCUCCCCCUGCCCACCAGACUGUUAAAACACCCUUUUGGAUUUUGUACAACUUUUUGGCCUAUUCACACUUGAGGAAAUAUUAUUUUUUAGAUGAGGAAGCUCUUUUUAAAAUUAUUAAUCGUAAUAAUAAUAAUACUGUGCAUCGCCCACCCCAUCCGUUAAUGCGCACGUAGUUGAAACCGAUGGCUACCUAAACCCAGCUUCACAAACAAGCAGGCAUAGGAGAAUCGAACUAGAAUCCCAUACAGUCAAGGGAAGAAGAAAAAAAAACUGCCUUUACUGAAUCAGAUAUUGAGUCUAUCCAGUCCUUUCUAGGGUCUUCUAGAUUCCUCCAGCUCAGCUUCUAAAAUUCCCAGCUGUUAACAUAUCGAAUCAUGUAACAAGGCAUCUAGCAUCAUUGAGCUGUAGCCCCACUUCAGUCAUCAGUGAAGUACUUAGAGACCGCAAUCAGAAAACCCUCUCGGAAAUUACAUCAGUGGCUUAAGCAGUUAACACAGACUAGUACCGCUGCAGCUUUAUUGAGGGAAAGUAGAAUCUUCCCCAUUCAGUUACUGGGCUCCCAUGCAAGGCCUUUUAAGAUCACUCUCGAAUCCCUUUGUGCUGAGUUCUGUCUCCACUUUGUAGUAAUACAAGCUGACUCGGAACGAGGCAGUUUUAGAAACAUUCACAGAGCUAUGCUUGUUUUUUCUAUAUUGAGCUACUUUGACAGCUCAGAGAUGCCUUUUUUAAAAAUAAAAAAAAUGAAACAAACUAUGACUGAAAUGAAUGUCAGGGUGGUGGUGCAUCUGAAGAGCAUAAAAAUGCCCCACCGGAUCAGGCCAAGGUCUGUUGACUUUAGAGUUCUGUUUAUCACAGGCUGGCAAUGUCAAAACUAAGGCACGGUGAAGCUAUCCCAUGUCGCUAGUCCUCAGCACUUAAUAAAUCAGAGAGGUUUCUUGCCUCUGACCAUGGAGAUUCCAUCUAGCUAUCAUGGCUGAAAGUCAUUGAUAAGACUGAUCUGCCAUGAAUUUAUCUAAUCCUUUAAAAACAAAAGCCAUCUAAACGAGUCGCUGACACCACAUUUUCUGGAAAAGGAUUCCCUAUGUCAAUUUUCCUGUCUGUCAAGAAGUGCUCUCUCUUGUCUGUCCUUAUCUAUUUUCAUGUUUAAAACAAAAAGUAAAAAAAAAAGUCUCUUUGCAGGAGGGGAGAAGUAGGUUUCAUGAUUUGUUAAAAAUGCUAGAGAUCUGUUUGUAUACAUGUCUAUGCUUUCAAAUGAUAAAUUAUUACUUUCUUUGGGAGGCUUCUCUAAAAAAUUAAAUAAGGCUUAUGAUAAGGGUAGACGAGUACGUACAGAAGCAAUUUGUGUCACUCGUGUGUCAUACUUAAGUGCUUACUAUUUUAUACCUCUUCUAGUCAUUGUAUUUUCAAGUGCAAGUUCCCUGAACUUCCCCACCCCCAUUGUGUUAAUAAACUAACAAGUAGAAUUUA